UUUCCAGAUUAUGAUAAUUAUAAGAAAGUGCAUUAAGAAGACAAAUCGCUUUAUGACAGAUCAAAAAUGGUCUCCGUAAGCGAAAUUUUAUUUGGUUUGGGACUGGUUCUUCUAAUUGUCUAUGGAUCAACUUUGUGGAACUGGUACAAAAGAAGGAGAGAAAUAGUCAAAGCGGUAGAUGCGUUCCCAGGCGAAAAGUGGUAUCCGAUCAUUGGAACUUCAUUGACGUUUCUUGUGGCACCGAGAGAAAAACGAUGGAAGAUAUUUAAGGAGUUACAAAAGCAAUUUGGUCCGACCUCGAGAGCAUGGAUGGGAAAUAUUCCCAUAGUUGGGAUUAGUAAAGCGGAGCAUCUCGAGUUAAUUUUUAAAAGCAACGUAAGCAUAAAUAAAGGAAUAUUCUACAACAUAUUGAAACCUUGGUUAGGCGAAGGACUAGUGACAGCGCAUGGGUUCAAAUGGAAGGAACAUAGAAGACUAUUAACUCCAGCCUUUCACUUCAAAAUUUUGGAUAGAUAUACGGAAGUUUUUUCUGAAAAAGCUAUCGAACUUGCUCGUAUCCUUGAAGAGAAAGUUGGCGACGAAUAUUUUGAAGCGAGUGUUUAUUUUACUAGAUGUGCCUUGGAUAUUAUAUCAGAAACAGCCAUGGGUGUAAAAUUUAAUGCUCUCCGAGAUCCGACUUGUGAGUAUGCCAAUGCUAUAUUCGGACUAUGUGAAAUUAUAUCACUUAGAACUGAUAAUCCACUGUUGGGCUUGGAUUUAAUUUUCAACUGCACUAGCGAGGGAAAGAGAUUUAGUCGGCAUUUGAAGACGAUCCACGACACCACGAAUAGGAUUAUUGAAACGCGAAGAGAGGAAUUUAAAAAGAGACAAAUUGGAACGGGCACCGACGAUCUAGGUAGAAAGGAAAAAUUUGCCUUUCUAGAUAUUUUGCUGGAAAGCGAGAAAGAAAACAAAUUUACCAAUAAAGAAAUAGCCGAUGAAGUGAACACAUUCAUGUUUGCGGGCCAAGACACUACUGCGUCUACUGUCACUUACACACUUUUUGCAUUAGGGAAUUAUCUGGACAUUCAAACAAAAGUGCAGGAAGAAUUAGACGCAAUUUUCCACGGCGAAGAGCGACCGAUCUCACCGCAAGAUAUUUCAAGUAUGGAAUAUCUUGACAGAGUCAUAAAAGAAGCUUUGAGGAUGUUUACUUUCGUGCCAUAUAUUUUUAGAGUUCUUGAAGAAGAUGUAGUUAUUGAUGGACAUCGUAUCCCGGCUGGAGUAACAAUGGGGUUGUCACUUUACGACUUACACCACAACGCGGAGCAUUGGCCAGAUCCGGAAAGAUUUGACCCAGAUCGUUUUCUCCCUGAAUUUGCCAGCAAAAGACACCCCUACGCUUUCGCACCCUUCAGUGCUGGACCUAGAAACUGCAUAGUUUGGAACAAGGAACAGUAAAACGUUACUGGCAGCAAUUUUAAGAAAGUACAAAGUGAAAUGCUUGGAAACUCCCGAAACACUAGAAGAAUACGCAGAAAUUGUAUUAAGGCCACAACAAGGUCUACA